UUUUCUAUCCCCACUUUUUAGGGUUUGCAAGCUUCAGCCUUCUUCAGAUAUCUGCAUUUUAGCUUCUUCCACCUAAACCCUAGAAACAAACAUGGCUGCCGCUGCUCAAAUCAGCAAAAAGAGAAAGUUCGUCGCCGAUGGAGUCUUCUUCGCGGAACUCAAUGAGGUCUUGACCAGGGAACUGGCCGAGGAUGGAUACUCUGGGGUCGAAGUUAGAGUUACUCCCAUGCGCACUGAGAUCAUCAUCAGAGCGACUCGCACCCAAAAUGUUCUUGGUGAGAAAGGAAGGAGGAUUAGGGAGCUAACCUCUGUGGUUCAAAAGCGAUUCAAGUUCCCUGAAAACAGUGUCGAGCUUUACGCCGAGAAGGUCAACAACAGAGGCCUUUGCGCCAUUGCUCAGGCUGAGUCCCUUCGAUAUAAGCUUCUUGGAGGCCUCGCUGUUCGAAGGGCCUGCUAUGGUGUGCUUAGAUUCGUCAUGGAGAGUGGUGCUAAGGGCUGUGAGGUUAUUGUUAGUGGAAAGCUAAGGGCACAGCGUGCCAAAUCUAUGAAGUUCAAAGAUGGAUAUAUGAUUUCUUCUGGUCAUCCAGUGAAUGAGUAUAUCGACUCCGCCGUCCGCCAUGUUCUUUUGAGACAGGGAGUGCUUGGUAUAAAGGUGAAAAUCAUGCUCGACUGGGAUCCCAAGGGUAAGCAAGGCCCUACAACUCCCCUCCCGGAUCUUGUCACAAUCCACCCUCCUAAGGAGGAUGAAGUUAUUAGGGUCGAACAGCCUGUUGUGCCGACUGAGAUCGAACUUCCUCCGGUGGUGGCUUAAUGCUGACGACUGUUAUAAUCAUCUAGUUGAUUUUUGGAGUAUGUUUUUGCCUUUAAAAUGACCUCUGCUGGAUAGUUCCUUUGGUGGUUUUCAAAUUUUGUUAUACUAAGAAGUUAUUGCUUUAUAAUUUUAUUGAAGGAUUUCUUAUUAUAUGAGAUUU